AUGGCGCUUCCUUCGCAAGGGCUCUGGCUGCUGCCUCUCCUCCUGCUGCCGUCGGGGUUCACGCUCUCUGCGACGAGCACUAAAGAAGAUAAAGUAAUUGUAUAUGACAUGGUUCCCGAGAACAAUGAGAAUUUUACGGCGCAGGCAGAGUUGCAGUACGUCGCCGGAAUUUUGUCUCCACCAUACUCCCUGUGUUCGUGGGUCUUCUCAGUAUAUCACCUGGCGAGCUCUCUCAUCGUUUCUCUCUACGACAACAACGACUACCUAACAGUAUCAAUGCAAGAAGGAUGGUUAUAUGUCUGCAUCAACCAGUCCUGCCCGAUUCCUGUCGGGGUUCGCAUGACAGCUCACAUGUGGUACCAUCUGUGCAUGGUCGUCAAUUCAGCGUCUGUCAAGCUACUUCUGAACGCAAAGUCUUACUACCUGCAUCCCAAGAAGCUAUGUCCCACGGAAGAAUUUCAGAUCGAAGGCGUCUCUUUAACUCUCGGAUCGAGGAGAUACGAUAACGCAUUUUCGGGCAAGGUCGCUGAUAUACGGAUCUUCGAGCGGAGUCUGUCUGCGGAAGAGGUAGGCGAACUGGCCCGCUGUUCCGGAGGCGGUCGGGAUUACGCGAGGCACGUCUCCGAGUCGGUUGUAGGUGACGUGGACAUCCACCCGAUCCCUUUGACUUCCCCGUGCCAAGGACCUUCGCGCGAAUUCCUGGUGAUGUUCGAGACUUACGAAGGUUCUGAUUAUAAGUCCGCGAAGGCUUUCUGCGGGUCCAUGCACGGCCGCCUUAUCAGAGAAAGCGACGACCUGAGAUCGCUAACUGAAGAAAUCGCACAGAGUCGAGACGUAACGGAGAGGUCAAAGGUUAUGUGGAUAUCAACCGAAACCGAUGCAGAGACCGGGAGUUGCAAAACACUAAGGGUAGAUAACAGAUCUUCGGUCAGCAUACAUCACACACAGGAGUAUACGUGUUCGAUCGUCCUCACUGCAAUUGCUUGUCUUCUCACCAGAGGGAGGACAGUUUACUUGAAGACCGGAGACAGAACUGAAGAAUACGCGCUUCUGUCGUAUCGAGGACGCAUGGUGUUGCAAUCACAAGAAGAUACAACCAUCACAAAGAGAGUUUUUGAUAAUAAGCCCUACCUUGUGCAAUCGCAGUACAAUUACCGGCUAGCUCAUUCGAUCAUGAACAAGCCAACGAGCUAUUUAGGGAGAAGUACAUGGGAGUCCCAGAAUUCCAACAAGACGUUCCAAACCUCCCUCUCCUUCUGUGGAUCUCCGUACUUCAGCUGCGAUAAUGGUCAGUGCAUCGACUUGAACCAGCGAUGUGACGGCUUGAUUCAGUGCCUUGACCUAUCCGACGAGACCGACCUUUGCUCGCCCUUGAACAAGCCCAACAGCUCUUACUGGAAGGGGGCGUGUCCUGAGCCCAGUCCGUCGAUUAAGCUGAACGUAAGCUUAGUCGGUUAUAAUCAGGUGACGCUGGAGGAAAAUAACUUCGCCGUUACUCUGACCGUCACCACAACAUGGAAGGAUACACGACUGACUUUCUCCAACAUACACGAGAAUUUGAAUACCUUGGAGAAAGAGAGGUCUACAAUGAUAUGGGUCCCCGAUUUUAUCUUUACAAACGCCAGGUACAUAGACAACCUUCAGAUACAGAGGAAAGAGGAUAUUGUGGAGGAUUACACUUUACACCGAGAGGGAAAUGGUACAAGAAUUGUGUCUAACGGAUACGAAGUUACAUCAUAUUCGGGCUCGGAAGUGUAUAUCAGCCGGGAGGUACAAUACAUGUUCGUCUUCACGUGCAACUACAACCUCUUCGCCUUUCCCUUCGACAUGCAAGAGUGCUAUAUGAAGCUCAAACUCCACGGACCUCAGGGAUGUCGACCACAGUGGAGUGUUCGUGACGGCGGCAUUCAUGUUUACGGAAACAGUACGACCAUUUCCGUGUACAACGUCGCUCCUCUCCGGUACACGUACAACACCUCGCCUGAGGACGUUGCGGAGAUCGCGCUGGUCGUCCUCUUCACCCGCAAGUUCGAGUCGUUCCUCCUCACGACCUUCCUGCCUUGUAUAAUCCUCUGCGCGCUUUCCCAGCUUACGCUCACCCAUUUCCACCUGGACGACUUCCCCGACAGAAUUACCGUCACGCUCUCUCUGCUUAUUGUCUUGGCUUCGCUCUUCUCCCAGACGUCGAGCACCUUGCCGAUGUCACCCACGCCCAAGUGCAUCGACUUCUUCUUCUUUUAUUGCAUCCUGAGGGUGAGCGUCGUCUUCAUCUUGCACAGUUGCAUCGAGAAGAGCCUUCGAUCUCGGCGGAAUGAACAGGAGACGUUGGUGUCUCGCUUCAGUCCGGGAAAAAUGGAUAAAACUCCGAAGAAGAUUCUUUGCGGAUGCGCCAAGAACUUCAAGAUGCCUGAAGUCAGCGCGCCAGGAUUCAUUAAGAAAGUUGGUCUGUUUGCCAUCGCCAUCUCUGACGUUCUCAUCGUAUCAUGUAACAUCUACUUCAUUAUGCUGGACAGGAGAGCCAAGCUGUUGAGGUAUGAGUCUGCGUACGUAACGGAACAGGACAUGCUCUAAAAAAAUAAAAGAUAUACGUUUGUGAAAGAGGGCUUCAUUCAUAAGAAAAAGACAUUAUCACACAUACGAGUACAUAAAUUCAAGUGCUAGAUCAAGAACAAAUAAGUAAUGCACUCACUGCAAUAGAGUAUGGAUACUGUCCCAUUUAUUUGGCGACUUUUCAUGUCUUGACGGUGCAAUAGCUUUCUUUCAUUCUCUUUGUCUAUCUACUCUCUCCCUCUCUAUUUGUCUAUCCUCUCUCUCUCUCUCUCUCCUCUUUUAUUCUCUCCUCUCUUUCUCU